GCAACAGCUGCAGCAGUAUAAUCAUGAGGGCGGAUCUUCAUCUCCGGCGUUGUACGAGCAGGAUCCAUUUCCGCUUAUCGAUUCCGGCGCUCGCAACUGGAACGAGUUUGCUACGGUGGCCAAGAAAACAGCUCUUCUUCGGAUAUGCGCAGAGCUUGGGCGGGACGUACUUCAGGCACAUGGGCGGAAACUGAAUCGGAUUAUCGACGCGGCAGUGCGCGACGAGGAUGAGUGGGUGCGUUCCUUAGGGCGGCUUCUCGAAGGGUUCCCGAAUACGAAUCGUAUCAAUCCGGGCGCAGUAGAUAGCGAACUGGUGUACAAAAUCAAUAGCGAUUUUAUGGACAUUUUCCAACGACUGGAAGCUCUAGUUCAUGUUCAAACUGAAGAUGUUGGUCUUCUUGCUUCCACUGAGGCCGACGCUCCUGGCCAAGGGGGGCCUACAGCAGGCGCUGCACGUGGGUCACACAGUAUCUCUGGCCCAGCGCCUGGAGGUACUCCCGUGGGGCUUUCGGCUGUUGUCGGAGGAGCAAUACUGAUGAAACCAGCCCCUGCAGC